AUGCGAGGUCUCCGAGCCCCCAGUUCCCUCCUACGGGGCGCUAAUGGCGUCCUCCCAGCUGCGCGAAGCCAAACCCGGGCGCCGAUCGCCGCUCGCCUGAUCACAGCAUCCAACGCUCGCCCUCAAGCGACGACAACAACCACCGCCCCCCUCGCGGCGCGCUCCUUCUCCCACUCGAGCCCUCUCCAGAAGAAGAAGAAGGCCCCGCAAUACCCAACCUACGACUCCGCCGAGGUCGUCUCCCGAACCUCCCACACCGUCGACGAAGCCGACCACGACGACCUCCCCGGCUCCAAGCACCCGAAGCCCGACUCGUCCGACCCCCUCAACUUCGCCGACGUCGCCUCGCGCUUCUCGUCCCUCGCGGCGCACCACACCGAGAUCCUCAAGAAGCUUCAGUCGGGCGACCGCUUCUCCCCGGACGCCAUCGGCGCCCUGACCGUCCAGCCCGACCGCAAGGACCCGACGACCUACCCCCUCCGCGAGCUCGCCGAGAUCGUGCCCCGGCCCGGCGGGCGCACCGUCUCCCUCCUCCUCCACGAAAAGGACUACGUCAAGCCCGUCAUGGCCGCCGUCCAGGCCUCGGCCGACUUCAACCAGCAGCCGCAGCGCGACCCGGACAACGAGCUCGAGCUCAUCCUCAAGGUCGAGGCCACCAACAAGGAUGUCGUCGUGCGCCGGGCCAAGGACGCCGCCCAGGCGUGGAGGGACAAGAUGCGCACCGUCACGGAGAAGCGCAAAAAGGUGCACGCCAAGUGGCAGAAGGAGACGGACAUCGUGCCGGACCUCAAGAGGCGCGCCGACAAGGAGCUGCAGAAGCUGCAGGAUAAAGAGAUGAAGGUCGUCGACGCGGCGGAGCAGCAGGCCGUCCGGAAGAUCCAGGGCUGA